CUCACAGGCUGCGUUAAACCUGAGACCCACAGAUGCUGAUGCACGUCUGGGCAGAAACCAACACUCAGCACACACCUCAAACUAACACCAUGAGCAUGAACUACGCGUCUGCGGCGCCCACGCAGAGGUCCACGUCGUUUUUCAUAGAGGACAUCUUGCUGCACAAACCCAAGCCGCUCAGAGAGGUCAUCCCCUCGCCGUUCUGCAGCUCCCUGGCCUCCCGGAUGCCCAUCCUGGAGUAUGGAUAUCCGCUGAUGCCCACCCCGAUACUGGCGCCACAUCCGCACCAUCCCCUGCACAAGCCGGAGCACCAGUACUUCUUCACUUCUGGGAUGCAGAUGCCGGCCUUGUUCCAGCACCACGCAGAGUUACCAGGGAAGCACUGCAGGCGCAGGAAGGCCCGGACGGUUUUCUCCGACUCACAGCUGUCCGGCCUGGAGAAGAGGUUCGAAAUCCAGCGGUACCUGUCCACACCAGAGAGAGUGGAGCUGGCCACUGCGCUCAGCCUGUCCGAGACACAGGUGAAAACGUGGUUCCAGAACCGGCGCAUGAAGCACAAGAAGCAGCUGAGGAAGGCGCAGGACGAGCGGAAGCCUCCCGGGGAGACGGAGCGCUCCGCGGAGAACUCGAGCGAGAGCGACGUGAACAAAAAGAGCGCAGAGGAGCUCAAACACGGACUGGAGCCGGACUACGUGCUGGAGAACGACGACGAAGACGACGUGGACAUCGAGGACGACGUUUGCUCCCCGGAUCAUCUACUAUAGUAGGCUGCGGUUUGUCCCACAGGCAGCGACUAACACUGUACAUUAACUGUACAUAACACACAUGUUUUAACAUGGAGCGAUGUGUGUGUGUGUGUG